AGGUAUAUAAGUUAAGCAACCAAGUUGAUAAUAUACAUCCUGUUCCAUGAUGAGUGAAUCUCUGUACAUCUAUGUCACAGAAGAGGUGAUAAGUGAGUUUCAAGGUUCAGGUGCAGAGUCUUUGCUUGAGACUUUGGAGUCAAUUGAUCAAUCAAGUUCAGAUGGUGAAUUAAUAGUUGUUCAACUAUUUACUGAAUUGUUACUUGUAUUUGAAGAAGAUGAAUUGGACUUAAAUGGGUUGGUCAACUUCUUGUUCUCAUCCAUAAAGAAUGAUUUGGUGGCCCGAGUGUUUUGUCAGGUGGUUAAUGUGUUUCCUCCUUCCGAGCAUAUUAAGAAUUUAUUACAGUUGAUCAGUCGUAAAGAGAAUGUCAUAAAGCCAGAAACAAUUGCCAUGUACAUAGGAUCUGAUAAGAUAACAGAACUGGAGCUUGUUCCCAAGCAGACUUUAACCAAGACUCUUAAUACUAAAAUGAGAGACGAGCUUUAUUCCCAAAAGAAAUUUAAUUUACUUCAUGAAGAAAUUGAAGGUUUUUCUAAAUUUGUUACAGAAAUAUAUUUCAUUCUAAAAGCAGACGAUGCUGAGUUUCAAGUUGAAUAUGCUAUUCAAGUUAUAGAGAAAAUAAUUGGUCAUUAUAGUUUAGAUCCAAACAGAUGUCUUGAAAUCUUAUUAUCAAUUUUAGAAAGUCAGAUUGUGCCUAAACAUAGAACUUGCAUAAAUUUAUUAAAACAAUCCAAAUGGUGGCCGAAUAUUCCUAGUGAUAAUUCUUCACUCACUACACUUUCAAUAGGUGGUAAUGAAGGUGCUGCCAAGAUUAUAGGUUUGAGAUUUGCCAAACAUGCAAGUGAUAGAGAUCUUCCAGAGACGUUUAAGAUUAUGAUUGGUAUAUUAAUUAAAGAAGGGUUUAUAAGUUUCGGUGCAUUAGCUAAAUACUUGGCUCCAGAUGAUGAAGAAAUGACUGCCUUAGAAAAAGACUAUAAAAAGUUAUUGGAUGAUGAAGUCAAUAAAGCAGGUGCUAGUGCAUUAGCACUUGCAGCUCCAUUACUUGAAGAAGACGAAGAAACUGGAAAACCAAAAGAAAAGAACAACAACUCUUCAAAGGCAGCCAUAAGUCCUUCUGAGAAGUUUCAUAAUAAAUUACAUUUAAACAUGAAGUUUCAAUUUUUAAGAUCAUUCGUGUCAGUAGGUCUUUACUACCCAGCCGUAUAUUUAUUAACCCAAUAUCCAUUCCUAGCAUAUGCAGACGAUGAGAUAAUAGAAUUAAUUAAUCGAUUAUCCAUACAAAUUGUAUCGACAUUACAUGACAGAUUUAAUCCAUUUUCAGCCGAAGACUUUAAAAAGUUAAGUAGAUCUAAGAAAGUUGCAUUUGCAAGACAACAAAAUCACGUUGAAUAUGAGGAAUUCCCCAACGCAGAAUUACUAAGCUUUAAAGCUACUAUCAAGAGUUACAGCACAAAGCUGUUUAGAUUCUUUUAUACUGAAUGGUCAGAUCAACUUCCUGUCUUAAGUACAGCCGAAGAUUUAUUUGCGGUAUCGAAAGAGUUUAUUAAAUUUAGUGGUGUCAAUAUUUCCAAGAAUUUGGAAUUGUUUGUUAUGUUAUGUGAAGUUGUUGUUUGGGACUUGAAAAAUAAUCCUGAGGAUGCUGACAAGAAAUUAGAAUGGUUCCACUAUUUCAGAAACUAUAUAUUCCCAGCCAUGUCAACCAUCGAAGAAGAUUCCAUUGCCAUUGAUAAAGCUUAUGAAAUCUUAUCAUUUUAUCUGUUAGAAGAUAGAUUCAGUGUUUAUGGUGAAUUACAACAAGUUUUAGCCAAGAAUAAUCCUCAUGUUAAAAUGGCUUACAGUAAAGCAGAGAAAGCAACUAAAGACGUUUUAAAGAGACUUUCUAAAGAAAAUGUUAGACCAAUGAUGAGACGUUUAGCAAAAAUUAGUUUUUCAAAUCCUUUACCCUGUUUCUUGACAAUUUUGCAACAAAUUGAAAGUUACGAUAAUUUGAACAGUUUAGUUGUCGAGACAGCAAGAUAUUUUAAUAGCUACGGUUGGGAUAAUUUAACCGCUGCUAUAUUAAUGAGAUUAACUUCACCCGGAAGAACUGGUACUCAAGAUAAUGGUAUGAUUGAACGUCAAUGGUUGCAAUCAUUGGCUAGUUUCAUUGGUAAGAUUUGUCAACGUUACCCAAGACUUAUAGAUUUAAAGACUUUAUUCACUUAUUUGUUAAAAUCAUUCCAUGCUGGUGAGCAUAUUGGUUUAAUUGUAUUGAAAGAAAUAUUCAUUUCUAUGGGUGGUAUUCAAACUAUUACCAAUUUAACUUUGCAACAAAUUGAUAUGUUGAACUGCGGUAAUUCGUUAGAAAAAUUGGUAUAUAGAACCAUUGAUGAUCUUAGAUUUGAAAGAUUCCGUUCAGGAGAAUACUUAAUCAAGAGUCUUUUGGAAAUAGAUGGUCUUAAUGAGUUACUUGUGCUAUUAUGUCAAUAUCAAAGUCAAUUAAUCGCGAAAGCAGAUGAAUUUCCAUUAAAGGUUUUGGCAAGUAGAAUCGAUGAUAUCAACGCAGUAAUAAGAUUAUUUAUCACGUUGACGAACUUUUUCGGAAAUCUCGAAGAAUUAAAGGAAGUAUAUUUACCAGUUUCUACUUUAAGUGGUAGUUAUGGUGUAUCCACUGAAUGGGCAUUUGACUUAUGGAGACCAUAUCUUGAUUAUGCUAUCUCGAAACAAGAUGUUCUUGAUCCUAAUUUAGAACAAAUGAUUAAUGAAACUGCCCAAUUGGUUCCAGAAGAUGUAUUACAAAAUAUUUCACAACUGUUAUAUGUGACUUUCUGGAGAUUAUCACUCAGAGAUAUAAAUUAUUCAAAAUCUUUAUAUGAAUCAGAAACUAUUAAGUUAAAGUCCAAUAUCAGAAGUCUUAAAGAUUGGGUUUCCAUCAAUUCAAGAGACAAAGAUGUAUCUAUUUCCGCCAUUGAUAAAGCCAGAAAGGAUUUGAGACAAAAUGAAAUAUUUUCAAAAACUAUUCAAGAAGAAAGUUCACAACAUGAGAUCCAAAAUCAAAAAGUGCUUGAGAUCUUAACAACUCAUUCAGAGUCUUGGUUCUCAAAAGAUGGUGAUGUGGUUCAACAAUCAAAUGUGUUUUUACAAAACUGUAUUUUACCAAGAGCUAUUCAUUCAUCAUUUGAUGCAGUUUUCUCAUCAAGAUUUUUAUUUAAAUUAAAUGAAUUAUCCCCAAAUAAUUUUUCAUUAAUCAAUGUUUUCGAUCAAUUGAUUAAAAAUAAUAUCUUAUUUGGUACUCUUUUUACUUUAACUCCAAUUGAAGCUGAAAAUUUGGGUCUUUUCUUUGCUGAUGUACUAUUUAAACUUCAUUCUUGGACUAAAAAAGAAACAUUCGAUUUAGAAGCAGCUGCAUUAACUAAGGACGAUAAGCCAGUAUCAUUCGAUAAUUUCAGAACUAUUUUAUAUGAAUAUCAUACCAGUAUUUUGGAUGAAAUUGCAACUGCUUUACAUGUUUCAGAAUAUAUGUGUCGUCGUAAUGCUAUUACUUUCUUAAAAAAUCUUUUAGGUAUUUAUCCAAAUGUGGAAGAUCACUGUGAAAGAGUUGUCGAGCUUAUCGAAAAAGUGAUCAAAGAAGAAGACAGAGAAGAUUUGAAAUUAUCAUCAAGUGCUUUGAUUGGUCAUGUAAAAUCAAGAUCAAAGGAAUGGGUUCCUAUUUGGGACUUUAUUGCUAUGGAAGAAGAUGAAAAGAAUAAGCUCAUUGAAGAGAAGAAACAAAAAGAGAUUGCAUUAAAGGCAGAGAAAAAGAGAAUAGAAGACGAAAGAAUCAAGAAUGAACUUGCAAAGAAAGCACAAGAAUUAGCAAAAGUUAAAGAAGAAGAAGAAAAGAAAAAGCUUGGUUCUCUUUUGGAUUAUGAUUCUAAGAAGUCUUCUUCUAGACCUGAUUCGAGAGGAUCUUCUACAACACAAAGAGGCCGUUAUGAUAAUUAUACACACACUGUGCCAAAGCCGGCUAAUGGUGAAGAAAAGAAGACAGUUAGCGAGCCAAAACCAAAGGAAGAAGAAAAGAAGGAUGCGGUGGUUGAAGUCACUCCAUUGGUCAUUAAGCCCGCUGAAACAAUCAACGUAGAAUCCAAGAAAGAAGAAAAUAAGGAAGGUGAGAAAGUUACAGAGAAGGCUAUCGAAACAAAGAAGAUAGAUACCAAAGAAAAUAGAGAGGCCACCCCAACAGAGAAGGGUUCCGAAACUUCUAGUCCAGAAAAGCUUAAGGAAAAAUUAGCCAAAGCUAAGAAAGAAUUAGAAGCAAGCAGACCUUCAAGUGCUGUUGGUAAGGAUGAAUAUGAUCCAGCUGGUCCAUCUAUUGUAAAGAGAGCUCCUUUACCUCCACAAGAAGCGUUAAGAAACAAUGAUGUUAAGCCUGUUCAACAUAAUUCACAGUAUAGACCACAUGGUCAAUACAAUAGAGACGGUUAUAACAGAGAUGGUUACAACAACUAUAGAGAUGGUGGUUUCAAUAGACACAAUAGUAACAGCAAUAGUAAUAACCCACCGCCAAGAGGCGGUAGAGCUCCGGUCGAUUCACUUCCUUUACCGCCACCACCACCACCACCUCCUCCUCCACCAGCUGCCAAUAACAGAAACCAAAGAUUUGGAAGAGAUAACAAUUUCAAUAAUAGUGGAAGAAAUGCUAAUAGCAAUAAUAACUCCAACAAUACCAAUAACCAAAAUAGAAGGUUUGACAGUAACAAUAACAAUAACAAUAAGAGAAGGCAAGAUGAUGGUAAUUACAAUAGAGGGUAUGAUAAGAAAGCCAAAUAUUAA